UACACUGUAAUGAAGUCUUGUUUCCCUUCAAGUACCAUAUCCACUGUUAGGAAAAGGCUACUCGAAGAGUUGAAUCUGGGUCAGGAAUCCACUAACAUGCUUCGAGUUAUGUUGCGUAAAACCCAGAAGGAUAAAAGGUGUACAUCACAGCAAUCUGCUCAAAGCCUGGUGGACAAGAUCUUGGAUUCAUUUGACAAUGGUCUUUCAAUUCUAAAUUGUAAUGAGUCCAAUGAGGUCUCUAUUGUUCCGGUGAUGGUUUCGUCGCAUUCUGAUGGACAGAAGUCGGAAGAUUCCGCGAAGCAUACCAACACUUCAGAGUUCAGAAAAAUUUCGAAACGCAGGAGAACUUCGGAGAAAAGGGCAAAAGAGAUCGUUGCUGCUUCGUUUGAAGAUGGUCAUGCAUGGAGGAAAUAUGGGCAAAAAAGUAUCCAAAAUACCAAACAUCCUAGGAGCUACUUGAGGUGCACCUACAAGUAUGAUCAAGGAUGCAAAGCAAGAAAACUGGUCCAAAAAAUUCAAGAUGAGCCAGCAUUAUAUAGGACAACAUACCACGAGCACCACACAUGUAAGAAGAAUUUAUUUGAAGAAUCUCAAAUUAUUACGGAUAGCACUACAAAAGAUUCUUCCAUCAUCUGGAGCUUCGACUCUCAUGAACAGAACUAUAAACCUAAUGGCAAGGUGAUUCCAACAUUGCCCAUAAUUCCGCAAGAAACUGAGGAAAUGUUUAACAAUUUGCAUCAUGACAAAUCAUCAUCACAAUCUGAUUACUUCAUAUUGCCUGAUCUGACGACAUUUGAAUCAUGUUUUGGGCAGUUCACUGAUAUUUCAUCAGCAUUUCACGAUCAAGGGCAUGUGAUUUGUUCUGAUAUGGAUAUAGAAACGAUGGUAGGACCCCUUUCUGAUGAAUUUCUUGAGUUAUGGUAG